UGAUUCAAUGGUAACGGCAUUCGGCGGCAUCAGCUUACUCUCCUCUGGCCUCUUAUUCGGAUGGAGGCGCAGCUACGCGCAUGCAAGUGAAAAUGCAGGCUGGUUUUUGUGCGUGUCUUUUUCUCUGCUGGCUUGGACAUGUACAGAAUAAACCUUCGUCGUUCCACUGUCCGAGCGGCCAGUUUCUUACGAAGAACCAGUGCGUCGGAUGCCACGCCACCUGUUCAGAGUGCAUGGGGCACGAGCUGUUCCAGUGCACCAGCUGUGGAAUAGACAAAGAUGGAGUGGAGCGGUUCCUCCACCAGGGUAGGUGCCGGCUUCACUGUCCACGCGGAUACUAUCCUACCGAAAGCCAUUUCACCUGCCAGCCCUGCUUGCCAGACUGUGAGCUGUGCACAGAUGCUAACACGUGUACCCAGUGCAGAGAGAACUACACAGCCCAGAGCGGGACCUGUCAGCCUGUCCAUUGCGGAGAUGGCCAGACACAAGAUCCUGAAACAGGAGAGUGUGCUGACUGUGGCACUGGGUGCAGGACAUGCUCAACAGAUGAGCCCGAGGUCUGCCGCAGCUGCACCCGGGGCUACUUUUUCUACAAGGAGCAGUGCCGCCGAGGGUGUCCACAGGGGACGUUCGAGGAUGCAGGCAGGAGACUGUGCCUCAGCUGCCCGGCCCCAUGCGUGGACUGCUGGAGCGGAGGCCUCUGCCUCACCUGCCUAGCUGGGCACUUCCUGAACCGGGGCGCUUGUGUGAAGCAGUGUCCCGACGGCGCCUUCGGAGACACCGGUGUGUGGCGCUGCCAGGCCUGCCACAGCUCAUGCCAGACGUGCCACGGGCCGGGGGCACAGGACUGCGACACGUGUGAGGACGGCCACCUCCCCCUGUACGGCCAGUGCCCUGCCGGCAGCUGCCCCCACGGGCGUUACUUCGACAGUAUGGAUGGGGAGUGCCGUCCCUGCGAUGAGUCCUGCAAGACAUGCUUUGGCCCCACCGCCCUGGAAUGCUCCACGUGCCUGACAGGUUCCGUACUGGACCCAGAGGGCUCAUGCGUGACCCGCUGCCCACCUGGGUUCUUUGCCAACAUGGACGCACAGCUCUGCGAGGAGUGCUCCCCCAGCUGUGAGACCUGCGAGGGUGUGGGUGACCUGUGCACCAGCUGCCGGAAAGAUUCUCACUGGCUCUUUCUGCACCAGGGCAAGUGCUGGUCCAGCUGCCCCGAUGGCUACUUUGAGAGCCCAGCAGGGCGGUGUGAGACCUGCGACAGCUCCUGUCUCACCUGCGACGGCAGCGCUGACCACUGCCUCUCCUGCGUGGCCGGCCUGUACCUGGAGGGGGGGCGCUGUGGCUCCCUCUGCUCUCCAAGGAGUUACCCGGCAGGGGACGGCACCUGUGCACACUGCCCCACCCACUGUGAGGCGUGUGCCAACGGCAGGACCUGCGACCGCUGCUCUUUCCUCUACCUGCUCCUGGAUGGAGUGUGUAAAGCCAGCUGUCCUGAGGGCUACUUCGAGGACCUGGACCAGGGCCUCUGUGUGCCCUGCCACCCCAGCUGUGCCUCUUGCUCGGGACCCGAGGCAGACGACUGUGCCAGUUGUACCAUGAGGAUGCCCAGACUGUACCAGGGCUCCUGCUCUGUUGACUGCCCCGUGGGAACCUAUUACCAGUCUGCAGUCGGCGAAUGUCAGGACUGUGACCAGACCUGCAUGAGCUGCUCUGGGCCUGAGGCGACUCAGUGCACCCAGUGCAAGCCAGGCCUGGUCCUGGACCCCAACACCAUGCGGUGCGGCAUCACUGGCGGCUCCAGUUGCCCCCCCAGGACCUUCCUCCAUAAAGAUGGGUUUAGCUGUUUGGCCUGUCACAGUAGCUGCAGCUCCUGUGUGGGACCAGGGGCCUCCCAGUGUGAGACAUGCACUGUGCCCCGGUACCUCUACAAUGGGUCCUGUGUCAGUGAUUGUCCAGCUGGUUCCUACAGCGCUGUUGAGCUGUUUGUUGGUGUGAAGCUGGGCGUCUGCUCAAGGUGUGACCCUGUCUGCAGCACCUGCAUGGGCUCGUCGCCAAAAGACUGCCUCACCUGCACCGAUGGCUACUUCCAGCUCCUGCAUCUAUGCUUAACUCACUGUCCCACGGGGUACUACAGUGAGGCGGCGCAUUGUGAGCCUUGUGACAAUUCCUGUGAGUCGUGCUCCAGCUCGGGGCCAGAUGCCUGUUUGUCCUGCCCCCCCAGCUCACUGGAGGUGCUGGGCACCGGGCGAUGUGCGGAGCACUGUGCACACGGGCUCUUCCAGCUGGGCCGGACUUGCAGACUCUGCCAUGCCAGCUGCCAGACCUGCAGAGAUGCCAGCCCUCAGGGAUGUCUGAGCUGCCACUGGGGUAACAAGCUACAGGAGGGGAUGUGUCACCCCCGGUGUGAGGAGAGGCGCUACCUCACAGAGGACGAACGGUGUGAACCAUGUGACCAAUCAUGUAGGACCUGCUCUGGCCCUGGACCCAGCCAGUGUUUAACCUGCCCCCGGAGCCACGCUCUGCAUGCUUCAGAGAACCGCUGUGUGACCUGCUGUGAGCCUUGGUCAAACAGCACUGACUGCUGCCCCUGUGUAGCAGGCUCAGUGUCCUGUGUGGAACCCCCAACACCUUUGGGAGAGAAACAUGGAGGUGUCUGGGACCAGCAGCCCCAGGCUGUUCGGCACGUGCCAGUUGCGCUCACCACCGUGUUACUCCUUGGAUUGGCACUGGGGCUGACUUUUCUCCUGCUGGCCCAAGCCAGAACCAGGAAGUGGUUCUGCUGGCGCCGGAGCUAUGAGACGCUGAGCGGCAGUGCCCAGGCAUGGCCCACUCAAGACAGGAUGUCCCACGGUGUGGAGGACCCCAGCAACAUGACAGACGAGGCAGAGGUGGUUUACUCCAGCCGCGAUGGCACCCUGUAUCGCCGCUACAACUUCCUUCAAGAUCCAGAGACAGAGGCAGAGGAAGAGGAGGACCUGGAUGAGAACACGUCUCUGAACAGACAAUAGAUGUCACUGUUUUCUUACAAAGGACUAUUCUUAUAAGUGCGGGUAGUAAUAGUUAUCCUUAAAGCAAUAGGCCCCUGGUUCCACUAAACCCUCUUUUGUAGGUUACUAUAUGUACAAACACAAUCGCACGUGUAAAGAUGUUCUUCCAGUACAUGCAUCUGAAAUGUAUUUGUUUUUCUGACAAAGCAUGCAUCAGUAUAGAGAAUUAAGUAUGAAUAAAUA